CCGGGGCCGAGGAGGGCAGGGCGGCCCCUGGCAGGUGAGCUGCUCAGCCGGGAAGCGGCCAGCGGCUCCUCCGGGCAGCCCAGGAUGGCCUCCCGGCUCCUGCACCGGCUGCGGCACGCGCUGGCCCCGGGCGGGGAGGCGGAGGGGCCGGCCGGGGGCUGCGCCGGCCCGGAGGACUGUCCGGAAAGCUCGGAGCUGGAGGACGACACGGAGGGCCUGGCCACGCGCCUCAGCGGCACCCUCAGCUUCAGCAGCAAUGAGGAGGAGGAGGAGGAGGAGGAGGAAGGCGAGCGGGGAGCCCGGCUGGGGGGCGCCGGAGGGAACCUGGACCUGCCCGGGGAGGCGGCGGAGGUCGGAGAGUCCGGCUCCCCCCUGGCCCAGCACCGGGGCAGCCACCUGCUCACCCGGCAGCUGCAGGAGCUCUGGCGGAAAUCGCGGGGAAGCUUCGUGCCCCAACGCCUCCUGUUUGAGGUCACCAGCGCCAGCGUGGUCAGCGAGCGCAACUCCAAGCACGUGCUCUACACCAUCUACCUGAUCCGGGCAGGGCAGUUUGACCAGGCGCCUGCCACCGUCGCCCGCUGCUACUCCGACUUUGAGCGGCUGAACCGCCGUCUCCGCCGCCACUUCAGCCGAGACAUGGCGGGGGUCUCUCUCCCCCGGAAGCAGCUGUGGCACAACUUCACCCCCGCCACUAUCGCCAAGCGCAGCCGGGCCUUCGAACGGUUCCUCGCCGGCCUUUAUGCCUCGCCCGAGAUCCGCCGCUCGGCCGCCUUCCUGGAAUUCUUCUUCCUGGACAGCCUGCAGCGGGCGCAGAGCCUGACCGGCCGGGGCCUCCACCGCCAGGCCCUGGCCGCCUGGGAGACCUCGCGGCGGCUGCAGGAGAAGCUGGGCGCCUGCCGCUCGGGGCACUUCCUGCUGACGCUGGCCGGCCUGGCCGCCUGCCACCAGGAGCUGGAGCAGUGGGGGGAGGCCUUCGGGGCGUGCCAGCAGGCCCUGCACCAGCUGGAGGGCCAGGAGAGCCACCCGCUGCUGGCCGCCCUCCUGCAGACCCACGUCCACCUGGCCUGGGUGCUGGGCCAGGACAAGCGGCAGGCGGAGGCCCGCCUGCGCGGCCUGCAGGGAGCAGGGGAGGCCCAGCAGCCGGGGCCCCCGUUGAAGGAGCUGCUGCUCCAGCAGGCGCUGCCCUAAGGAGCUGCCAGGAAACGGGGGCGCCCGAUGAGAAGCGGAGGGGGCUCCCCCAGGCCAGCAGCAAGGCCCCAGGGCCCCCCCUCGCUCUUCUGAGCCCUGCACCUCCGCUUGCCCCAGCAGUGGGACGAAGCGGGCUGGCCCUUUCAGAGGAGGCUUCUGGGACGCGGAGUCCCCCCAGCUCCUUCCGAGAAAGUGGGGUGAUGACAACGGCCGUGCUGGGGUGACGAGAGCAUCUGCAGGGCCCAUCUCCUGAGAGGCUCCCCACAGGCUCUUCCCUUCCGGAGGGGGGGGAGGCCGCUGGGCACUGGCCGAGGGCGGGACUCCUGGCCGCAGCCUGAGCAGGGAGCAGAGGGGCCUCCCCUCCGGCAUGGGGAGGGGUGGGGCCGCCAGGAUCGCCUUCCUCCCCUUCAGGAACCAGAGCUGCCAGGGAUGCUUCCCGCUGUUUAUUAACAGAAUAAUAAUAAGUCUACAAUAAAUUAACACGCCCAAGGAAAG